ACAACAAUUUGGGUAAAACAGGCUGAGCACUGCUCUAAGUCUGUUUAGUAGUCGCUGGUCUCCGACAAGACCAAAACGUUGUUUUGCGGCCGUUCCUAUACCUUCUUCGGUUUCGUUCGGUUUCCUGUCUUCAUGUUUGCAGUGACACACAUCAAAGCGGCCUUGUACAGGAGAGCGGAAGGACAACUUUCGGAAUCAUUGGCCAGAGGUGUACGUACCAGUUAUAGUUCAACGCGGGCACGCACACUCACGGAGCGUGUCGUGUUUUCUGUCGAGCGUCAGCCCUGAAAGGAACGUGUCGACCAUCUGGUUUCGUUAGUUUAGCAGCUAUUCCCGCCGCUGUUCUGUUGAAGUCUCUGUCAGGUGGGCACGAUAUACAACUCCCAUUCCCUGCGGUGCUCAACACAACCAAUCCCUCCAUCUUGCAGUAGAGAGUGGAUACAGGAGAAAGGAGCAACGUCUCAAGACUUGGAUUGAAGAAUCUCCCAUAGCUGCAGAUCAGACCGCUAGCAACGUUACUUGGACAGAGUGUUCCUUAGCUGUGUCAUAUUAUCACGAGGAUCUACCACUGAACCCCGAUCAUCACAAGAGCUCAUAAAGACCGUGCGCGGAGCGUCAAGAUGGCUGACGGAAGAUGUUUGACAGGCAGGGUCAUGGAAUUGAUGGUAUGGGCACUUCUGUGUCUCACCUGCGUAUCAGCAGAGACACUCAGUCCACUGGCGUCCGCGUUCCGCAUCAUGGUCGUGCCAUCCGACCUGGAUCGCAGUAUUCAGGUAGUCAAGCCCAAUCAGAAGGUGGCCGUACAGCGGAACAGCUCGUUCGACUUGUCAUGCUACACGUCUGCGCAGACACUGGACGUCACGUUCAAGAAGUGGCUGCCCACCUUCAACGUGUCGCAGAUCGAGAUGGCCUGGUUUCGCGACGGCCGACCGUUCCACCGCUCACCCAAUGCCCUGGUGACCGGCUGGCUGAACGACGAGCUUCGCGAGGAUUAUCAGAUCCAUUUCGACCAGUUCACUGCCCAGGACGGGGGAGACUACGAGUGUCAUGUCACGCUCGGUCCCUUCAAGCUUACCAUCAACGCCACCAUAGGCUUGGCGCCAUAUUUGGUAAUGAAGCCGGCACCCUAUGAGUACGCCGCCAAGGGAUCCAAUCUGGCAUUGCAGUGUCAGGCGUUCGGGUAUCCGCAACCGCAGGUCAGCUGGUGGAACAUGAAAACGAACCAGGUUGUGGCCAAGCACAACCAUCUGUUCGUGCUGAAUCUGCGCAGAAAGCACAGCGGGAUGUACAAAUGCGUAGCGAGGAACUCCGUGGGAGAAACUUCGGCAGUAACCAGCCUCACAGUUACUGAACCGCUUAGAUGGGUAGGGAAAUCAGCACCAAUAGUCUCUAGCAAGCUAGGAGACCUGGCUGCGUUGGAAUGUCAUGCUAAGGGAUUCCCAUCACCAAGCGUACAGUGGACAUUCACGCCAACAUUGAGCUGCUCAAACGAUGCUCAGCAGCAGCAGCAGCCGGAGCUGGUCAAGCCCCAGGCGAUACCCUUGAACGCCACUGGUUGGCGCCUGGCGAUCUCUCAAGUCACCAAACGUGAUUUGGGGGUCUACAAAUGCGUUGUGGAGAGUCGCCCGACAUGUUGUCCCACUGUUACGGCCCAGCCUGCACUGCAGAUGAAGACGUGUCUCAGUAUAGAUCCCGCAGCAGUCGGUAGUGGUGAGGUACACAAGGAUAACGCACUUGCAACUGGCCCGACGCAGAGCAUCUCGGGUCUGGACUAUUCGUCUGCAGCUCACCAUGACAGCUAUGGUACCACAGUGUUGAUUCUCACACUCAGUAUGUGCACAGUUGUCUGGACAAUGCUCAGAUGAGGGUGCUGACGUUGACCCGUAAAGCUAGACAAAUAGCUUUCUUGUUGUGUGGUCAACGAAUCCAAUGACCAGAAGCAACUACAGUGGAACCUGUCUCUAAGACGACCGCUCAUGGGAACUUCAAAACGUGGUCUCUGUUGCCAGGUGAUCUCCUUAGCCAGGGUCAUUUCACUGGAAAUAACAUCCCAUGGUCCUGAUUACAGUGGUCUUCUAGGACAGGUGAUCGCCUUAUCCGAGUGGUCGCCUUGACAGGUUCUACAUGUGCAUGUAUUGUAAACGUGGCUUUGACAGAACUCUAACACACCCAAACAUUCAGACCCUUCGCCGAAGGAAUUGAGUAUACCAUAAUUUUAUCAUUAAUUUUGAUACACUAUUAAAUUUUCUAACUGUGCGACUCCCAUUCAAAAUGGCCGCCAAGUACCUGUACAUGUAAUUUACUGCAACAACGCAAGUUGCGGAUUGUUCAAUUUUGUAAAUAAUGCAUUGUAUACUACUAUGCUAUGCCUUAUGAUGUACAAGUACAUGUAUGACUAUGGGCACAUGUACAAAGUCAUGUUCAUUUUGCUAAAAUAAAUUUGACAACAGCAUGUUUGGUCUUUCUGUCAGCAUUUUGACAGCAUGAGCCACGCAGAGUUUUGAGGGCUAAAAUACAGUAUUCACGCACUCAGCAAUAAUGUCAUGUACUUGUACAUGUGUUUGCCACACUCGAAAAUUAAUUCGCUAAUCAUGCAUGUGUUGCUGAAGUGAAGAUGGCUUUGCUUCGAGGAGCAAUUACUUGAA